UCUCCUCUCUGUCUCUACAGACUUUUGUGUCUUCUUCUUCGUUACAAUGGGACACAUACGACUGAUGUUAUGUCUGUUGAGCGCAGGAUUUGUCAAAUCUUCAGUGUCACAACUACGAACAUUUAAUGUUUCUUCUAAAAGAAUGGAAAGAACUGAGGCAUCAGAAUAUUGCACAAAGAUGGGCAUGAAACUUGUCACUGUGUAUGAUGAAGAUGAUGUCAAAUUUGUAGUAAAUUUGGGCAACUCAAAUAUUGGUGUCUGGGUUGGCCUGUACAGAACCACAUGUAACAGUGACACAGAUGCAGACCCACCAAAGUGUCCAGCUACUCCAAAUACCAUGCGUGAUUGUUCUGAUGAAUUGCCCUUUAAAUGCAGCCAAAGUUCUAAUGAAACGGGUGUGGACCUGAACUGGUGUGCAGCUAGACAGUACUGUCAAUAUCACUCUUUGGGUGACCUGGCAAGUAGUGAGAGCGAAUCGAAAGACAGGUUGUGGAUUUUAGGGGAAAUCACUGAUGACUGGAAAUGGGAGGAUGGCGGUUGUUCCACAUAUCGUGAAUGGGAAGAAAAUCAUUCUCUCAAUGGAAACUGUGAUGCUGCUGUUACAUCUAAUUAUAAGCUCAAAUCUCAUGGAGAUGGUAGUAGAAUCCCACCAAUGUGCUCUAAAGGUGAUUUGAGAAUAGUGGUCGUCAACAAAACAAGACUAACAUGGAAGCAGGCUCUGGAUUAUUGUGACAAAAAACACUCCGGGCUGCUGCAGAUCCUCACCCCUGAGCACCAGAAAUCAGUGGAGCUGUGGUUAAGUAACACAGGAUACACUGAGACAUUCUGGGUGGGGCUGAGGCAGAGUCGAGUGUUCGGAUUCUGGAUAUGGAAAGACACAAUGGUGAACAGCAGUAACUGGGCGAAUGGGGAACAGCCCGUGAUGCCCCUGUCUCACCAGUGUGGGGUCAUCCAGGCCCCCGGGUACACAUGGAGAGAUCACAACUGCCUGCACCCUCUGCCCUUCAUCUGUCAGGAGAUGAUUGUCCGGUUAAACAAGGACUGAAGAUGCCACGUAAAGACACAUUUUAAAUUUGAUUUGAGGUCAAAAUAUGUCUGCUGUAUGCUGUCUGCAUCUAAUUAAAGAGUUCUAUUGUCCCAUAGCCAAUAGUCUGUUAGCUUGAUUGUUGUUGUAAG